AUGGCGGAUGAAUCACAACAUCAAUCUAUAUUUCAAAAAAUGCAUGAACACUCGCGCAUGUUCUCUCAAACAUCUCCAUAUACAUAUGUUAACUAUACCGGUUCACACAAUAUGUCUGGUGGAUAUGUCGAUGAGAUUAUAAAGAGUCCUUUUGUGGCGACUCGUCAAGCUACUAUCUUGCAGCGAUCCCGUGCUCCUGUGCUUAUACAGUCUACAUCAGAAGCUCUGUUAGAGAAGAAAACGACAAGUUUUGUCGUUGAUUUUUUAAUGGGAGGGGUUUCUGCUACUGUGUCUAAGAUGGUUGCUGCUCCGAUUGAGAGAGUCAAGCUUUUGAUUCAGAAUCAGGAUAAGAUAAUCAAAUCCGGUAGACUCUCGAAACCGUACAAAGGGAUUGCUGAUUGCUUUACCAAAACUAUCAAGGAUGAAGGUGUCCUUUCUCUUUGGAGAGGCAAUACUGCAAAUGUCAUAAGAUAUUUCCCUACACAGGCGUUGAAUUUUGCUUUUAAAGACUAUUUUAAGAGAAUGUUUAAUUUCGAUAAAGAAAGGGAUGGCUACUGGAUGUGGUUUGGAGUAAAUUUAGCAUCCGGUGGCGCUGCUGGUGCCUCAUCCCUUUUAUUUGUGUACUCGCUGGACUAUGCCAGAACACGGCUUGCUAAUGAUGCCAAGGCUGCACAAAAUGGCGGUGAGAGGCAGUUUAAUGGUUUGAUCGAUGUUUAUCAGAAAACCAUCAAAUCUGAUGGUAUUCCUGGUCUUUAUUGUGGCUUCACCAUCUCCUGUGUUGGAAUAGUUAUUUAUCGUGGUUCGUACUUUGGAAUAUACGAUUCGCUUAAACCUGUGGUUCUAGUUGGUAACUUGCAGACGUAA